AGGGGAGUGUGAAUAAAUGGUGAGCCGAGCUGAGUGAGUGUGGAGACAGCAGUGAUCCAGAUCCAGCCGAGAGAAGUUUCCAGGUGACUUGAGAGCAGCAACAAACUUGGAGAGGGGUGUGCAGAGCUCAUCAAUGCAAAGUGAGGGAGACACCAGGCUCUGAUCUGCAGAGGAAGGAGCCCUGCAGCCCUGGGUUGCAGACAGACCAGAAGCACCCAAAGCUUCAGCAAAAGUUGGGAUUUGUAACUUUCCUCCCACAAAGCCCCCAGAGCUCCAGCGUGCAGCCAUGUCCCUGGCGGUGAAGGAGAAGAACCACGUGCGUCUGGUCUUCCUGGGUGCGGCAGGCGUGGGCAAGACAGCUCUGAUCCGCCGCUUCCUGCUGGACACUUUUGAGCCCAAGCACCGGCGGACAGUGGAAGAGCUGCACAGCAAGGAAUACGAGGUGAAUGGGGCCACCAUCAAGGUAGAGAUCUUGGACACCAGUGGCAGUUACUCCUUCCCAGCCAUGCGCAAGCUGUCCAUCCAGAACAGUGAUGCCUUCGCCCUGGUCUAUGCAGUGGAUGACACAGAGUCCUUCGAGAGCAUCAAGAGCCUGCGGGAGGAGAUCCUGGAGGUGAAGGAAGACAAGUUCCCCCCCAUCGUGGUGGUGGGCAACAAGGCGGAGGCCAACAGAGAGAGGCAGGUGCUGACUGAGGAUGCCCUGUCCAGGGUGGAGCUGGACUGGAACAACCGCUUCCUGGAAGCAUCGGCCAAGGAAAACGAGAAUGUGAUGGAAGUCUUCAGGGAGCUGCUGCAGCAAGUCAACUUGCCCAGCCGGCUCAGCCCAGCACUGCGCAGGAGGAGGGAGACCUUCCCAAAGGAGAACGCACUCAGACCACCCAUGAACAAGACCAACAGCUGCACUGUCUGCUGAGUUGGGGCAGGCCGGGAGGAGGAGGAGGAGGAGCAGCAGCAGCAGGAUGGACUUGAAACUCAGGUGGGCUGGGUACAGAGAUGAGGCUGCAUCCACUAAAGUGGCACCCUUCCCCCUCCUGUUCCUUACCCAGCCUGCUAAGACUGGUAAACUUGUAGAUCAAAUGAGGCAGGGGCCCUAGUCACUUUGACUCAGCUGGCCGGGGGCUGGGGAGGGGGAAGUGACUGACCCACAGGGAGUGUUCAGCAGCAGUCUCCCAAAGGCAGGAACCGGGCAUGCCUGAGGCACUGCAGUCUGUCUCCACGGUGCUACACGGGGGAGGGUGGAGAGGGGGCAGCAAGUGACUGAGGCAGAGAGGAGAGAGUGUAUAUUUAGAGAGGGGGCUGUUAGAAAGCAUGUUGCAUUUGUGAAGCCUUUGAGCGUCCACCAUGAGAGUUAGUAAAUACCUUAUGUCCCUGAAGCUCUGUGGUACAAGGGGAAGCAAACGUGGGAGGCUCUUCUGUCACAGGGAGUGGAAAGCGCACACAUGCAUCUUUGUAUCCGUAUUGCUUCUCACUGGUCCCAGUCCCCUGUGUUGGGUUCUGUGCUCACCAGCCCCUAAUCCUGUGCAUUUGCACACACGUUUUCGUACAAGCUUCGUUUACAAUGAAAUAACCAGUGUCCAAGGUAGUUUGAUUUUGCACUUUGGGUAGGAUCAUAGAGCACAUGGCAAGGCAGUCUGUGAACUGUCUGGUUUUUAUUUUGUUCUUUUUUUUUUUUUUUUUUACGGUUGUAGCCAAUAAAAAAAAUGUA